GCUAAUGAUAUGUUAUGAGAGAGAAAAACUAAAGCUACUUAUGUGUAAAAAAACUUUUCGUUAAUGUUGAUAAAAUAUGAACUGAAAAUAAUUUAUGAAAUACGCAAUAAAUUUGAUUGGUGAUGAUGAAUGAAGUGAAAAGAGUCCUUAUAGGAGAGAUUGUGAAAUAAGAAACAAAGAGUAAAACAAGAAAAAAUAAAAAACAGUUUAAUUAAAUCUAUUAUUCAAUAUGGUUAACCUAGAUUUACCAGAAAUACCAUUAUCUUUAAAAAGUAUACAACACUAUCUAAAAAUAGCAUCAACGCAUGAUCAACGAGAUCCUGUUAUUAGUUAUUGGUGUCGAUUAUAUGCUCUUCAAACAGGAUUAAAAUUAUCAACCAAAUCACCAAAGGAAACAAACUUUUUAAUGAAAUUAAUGGAUUGGUUAGAAACAACUAAAAAGGAAUUACAUGAUAAUGAAGCUAUUACAAAUGAUAUAGCUGCUCAGGCACAUUUAGAAAAUUGGGCAUUGAAACUUUUUCUCUACGCAGAUAAAAAUGAUAGAGCAGCUAAUUUUGGAAAGAAUGUGAUACAUAGUUUCUUUACAGCUGGAUUACUUUAUGAUGUAUUAACUGUUUUUGGAGAAUUGAGUGAAGAAGCUAUACAAAAUAGAAAAUAUGCUAAAUGGAAAGCAGCAUAUAUCCAUAAUUGUUUAAAAAAUAAUGAAAUACCUCUACCAGGACCCAUACAAGAGAGUAAUGAAAACAAUUUUAAUAAAAACAUAGAAGAUUCUACAACAGAAGUAAAAGAAGAGGAUACUUUAAAUACAGAAGAUUUAGUUGUUAUUGGUAAUACUAAUCCACCUGAUACAGUAUAUAGUAAGGCUAGUGAAGAAAAUAUAGAAGAAUGGUCUUCUGAAAAUAAAGAUUGUAAUAUAGUUACGAAAACAGAAGGUGGAAUUGAAUUAUCAGUGGAACAAAUAAACAAGGCACAAAAAUUUAUUAAAUGGUCGGGAAGUGCUUUAAAUUAUGAUGAUGUGCCUACGGCUGUGUUAAAUCUUCGAAAAGCUUUACAUCUUUUAACUACUGGUCAAGAACUCACAUAAUCAAAAUUAAGAUUGAAAAUAUUGUUAUUUCAUUUAAUAAUAACAAUUAAUUAGUAAAUUAAUUUUUUUUGCUUGUGAAUAAUAAUAUGAUUUAAUUGAUGCAGAAGUAAAAAUGAUAAAAAUGAUAAAUUAUUUAUUUUAACUGUUUACAUUAUUACAGUUAUGCUGAAUUAAAGGUAAUUUGAAAUAUAUAUUUAAUUUGUAGAUGUAUAAAAUCGACGUUAAUAUUUAAACCUAUUAUUAUAAUGAUUAAUGUGAAAGUUCACAAAUAUAUAUCAAAAAUUUUAAUAGUGCAAAAUAAAUCAUAUGUCAUACAUUAAUGAACUCUGAAUAAGAUUCUGGUUCUGUUUUCAGAUAAAAACAAAAUAGUUAAAAAUAUAAAUUUCAAAAAAA